UCAUUUAAUUUAAACUCUAGUGUAUUGCUUCCUAUCUCGUUUUUGUUUUUUUAAUUUCCCUGUUUCUAAGCCUAUCACAAACUUGACUUUGUUACUUUACUUUUCUCAGUUGACAUAAAACCUUGAAAAUGUCCAGUUUCGCCGUCAAGCUUGCAGGUGUAGAGGGUGGUCGCGGUUCAAUGGAGCGGUAAACGGCUCGUGACGCAGGGUGGGCUGGAGAACUGGUGACGUCAUGGCCGCCACCAGGUCCACCAGUUGUCCAGCGCCCCCUGGGGUGGACGAGAAAAUCGCUGUGAUGCGCCCGUCACCUGGGACGGGCGUCAUGGCGAUUUUCGUCUUCCGGCCGCCCCGGAGGCGCAAAAAAGAUUUCAAUACAAGCGAUAAUAUCAACAAAAAUCGUUAAUCUACAAAGCAGUAGACAUUGUCUUAAAACGAUAAACAAUUUGGUCAUAUUUUGGACCAUAAUCUUCAAGACACACAGAAAAAAGUCGUUGACGACGCUAAUUUUAGCGAUCGUCUGGACAACAAGCAGUCAGAAACGUUUAAGUCAACAACAGACUCAGUUACCAGGUUAAAAAACUGUAUGACUUUGACUGCAAAAAUGAAUACAGAACGAUCUACUAGGAAGGCUGCUAAAAAUGAAAAGGAAUGGCUAGACUUUGCUGUUCGUGAGUUAUCGAGAGUUGUGGCAGGCAAGGAAAAGGGGCAAGAAAUUUGGAAUAACAAAUGUAAACCACUGGUGUGGGACGAGGAGGUGAAAUCAAUUACAAAUAGCUAUGAUGUGAGACUUGCUUGGAAAAACCCAACAACUAACCCCAAAGACAGGAAAGAGGACUUGAGAAUAAAAUGUAAAAUUUUAUCCAAGAUGCUGCGAGCAGAGAACAAGUUUCCCAGAGAUCUUGAAGAAGAGGCGGAACUCUGGGAAAGCGGUAGAUUCAAAGAGCUUCUGCAGCUCUCAAGAGUUGUCUCGGUAAUAAGUAAUAUCGACAGUACAUUAGCUAAAAUACAUAGUGCGUUCGAUUUAACUGAUGAAAGCUUAUUAAAACAUCCUAAUAUUCUGAAUUAUAUUAAGCGCAAUGAAAUUAGUAUAACUAAAACCGCUAAAUGUUGUUAUAAGCUUCUAAAAGUUUUAGACAACUCAACACGCAAUAGGAGUGAUUGCGACGAAAAUUUUGAUCUACUGACAACCGCACAUAACAAUUUAGUGAAAGAAACUUCAGAACCAGAAAUAGGAAAUUGUAAUAACCCUUCAAAGUUGAACGUUAGUAAAAAUUGUAAAAAACGGAAUAGUUUAGAAGCUGAAAAUGUUCUGCCCAAAAGACCACGACUAGAAAAUUUUCAUCAAAAUAUGAAUGCGUCCGUGGUUGGAGGUCAUGAAAAAGUUUCUUCCAAUAUUUUUGAUGAUUUACGAGGUUAUCAGUCCGGGAGAAUGACAUCGAUAAAUCAAACGUUAGAACAAAAUAAUAACUCUGCUAAUAAUUUUUUAAAUGACACUGAUAUGUCGAUAACUGUUGUUGAUUUUCAAUCUACUACAAACAAGUUAAACACUACAGAACAAAUUCGACAAGAUAUUUCUACACACUCGCAACCUCUUCAAGAUAAAAUCGUUUUUGGAACAUCACUCCAAGAGAACAGUUUACCCGUGUCAUGUUCAUCGUCCAGCAUUGAUCAAACGUUUUCACCUCAGUUUUUAAGUUCUUCCGAUUAUCUUACGUCAUCACCAUCGACAAACCAGAGUCUAUCCGACUGCUCAGAGCUAUUGGAAGACCUUACGAGAUCUAGCUCAAUCAGUCCAGAUAAUUUUUCUAAUUUAAUUAAUUAUAUAAUUAACGAUUCGAUAGAUGAUAUAGGAACAGACACGGAACUUGAAGCAACUUUUAAAACUGAAUUUCAUGAAAAGUAGAUCAGGGGAGUUUUAAACAAAAUAAAUUAUAAUAAAAAUAUCAACUGCAUAAAUAAACGUUGAAAAUUCUCCACUUUGUUCGCUUGAAAUAAUGAAGCCAACAAGUCAUCAUCCAGCUGAAUUUGCAUCAAUUUUCCCACCAAACGCCCUCCACGUAACAUCAGUAACUGGAAGUGACCAUUUCCGUCACAAUUAGCAGCCAAACUUGCUUAGUACUUGUAGUUUUUUUUAUAGACGUUACUAUUUUAAUAUUCUCCUGUUUCUAUUUGUAGCUAGUGAUUACAAUUUUAUUAAUAUUUUAUUUUAAAAUAUUAGUUAGCGCAAAUCAACUUUACAUUAAAGAAGAUUAAGAUCAUUAAAGUGUUGAUUCAAAAAAUUGUAAAAAUUUUUGUUUUGUUUUAUUCAAAAUCUGUAUCUGUUUUAUUAAACAAUUACAAUGAAUAUUUUAAAGUUUACACUUAGAUAUAGAAAAAAGUGUUUUAAAAUUUUAAUUAGGUCAGACGAUUUACAAAAAAAAAAAAAAAAAAAAUUAACAA